UCCCAACGAACUAGAGCAGAGCUUCGCACCCAAAUCCGCAAAGAAAAGCAAGCAAGCCAGACAAACGACGUUUCAAGGAAGAAGACAUGGAAGAGGGGCGCAGUGACAGCCGACGCCAGGAGCCCAUGGUCGCCAGGGCGGAUAACCCCCAGAUUCCCGCCGACGAGUCCGACGACGAGUUCGAGUUCUCCUUCGGGAGCCGGGAGCCUGCCACGGGCGGCGCCGCGGCCGACGAGCUCUUCGCCGACGGCCGCAUCAGGCCGUUCUACCCGGUCUUCGGCCGGGUCUUCGACGACGCGCACGUGCCGUCCGCGCCCGGCCGGAGGCCGCUAGGGAGGCUGUUCCUGGAGGAGGUCCGGAACUCGUCCGUCGGGUCCACGUCCUCGUCCUCGUCCUCCGCCGCCACGGACGCCGGGGACCUCGACGGCGCGUCCCCGGACACCUACUGCGUCUGGACUCCCGGCGCCUCGGCCGCGUCCUCGCCGGCGCGGUCGCCGCGGAAGAGCGGCUCGACGGGAUCCUUGUCGCGGUGGCGCCGCGUCAGCGACCUCGUCGUCGGCCGCAGCCGCAGCGACGGCAGGGACAAGUUCGGCUUCCUUUCCGCGCCGCCCUCGCCUGCCAGAGAGCAGCCCAAGGCGAAGCCACGAGGCCGGGACAGCAAAGCCGCUACCGAGCUCGACACGGUGGCCGCCAGCCACCGGCUGUUCUACGGCGCCAAGGCUUCCCCCGGCGCGACGCGGCGGACGUUCUUGCCGUACCGGCAGGAUCUCGUGGGCCUCUUCUCCACGCCCAAGGGGCUCAGCCGGAGCCAAUACUUCUGACUUUCAACUCAAGGAGGCGCGUCCACCGCGCACCGCCGUGAAGAAACAGUUUCAAAAUGUGAGAUUUCACAUUUGGGUUGAAAUUUCGAACUUUUGACUCGGGAGCAACUUCGUGUUCGUAAUUGGCGAUGGUAUAACUGGAUUGUUGCACGGGAUUGAGCUAGUCCAAAAAGACGAGGCGUCAAGUCAGAGCAAGGGAAUUGUGAGGCUUAAAUUUUGGAUUCAGUCGGUGAUACCGGGCUCAACAAGUCAAUGUGAAGUUGUGAUCGACAUGUGAACAUAGUAGGACCAGAAAAAGGACUGUAUAGGAGAUUAAAAUACACGUGGAAGCUCAGAAAAGUUUUGUAGUGAUCAUGUGUUACCUGUACAUGCAUGUAUAUUGUACUAGCAGAAUAAUAGUUUUUUCUUUCUUGUAGCAAUCUGGUGUGUAGAUUUUUCUGCGUGACAACAGUUUUUUUUAGCGUCUAUAUACCAGGAACAUGAAUUUUUUGCUUGCAUCAGUCA